UACUGCAUGACAGAAAACACCAAAACACCUCACAUUUCUCUCUAGCUGACCUGGCGCCGAACCCUCGAGCGGACAGAUGGGCAAAAGCGUUCAUAUCAAAUGUGGAGUGUGGACCAGAGACAAUAUCAGAGUAAAAUACACAAAAGAAGACAAACUAGAAAAGUGAAACCACUCUGUGGACCCAGGCAGACUGAAAUGAUGCUGGUAAUGACACUAAUGAUGCUGCUGAUCGUUACGAUAAAGAUGGCAGCAGCCUCGGCGCGCGGCUCUGAAAUGGACAUUAGACCUGGAUUUCAUCCCAGUUUGGCUAAACAAACCUCGUGCCUGUCUUACCAGGUGAUGUUUGGAGUCACGGCGUUUCCCUCCAACAUCUCCAACGCCCAAUGCCUGGAAGUUAAGCAGAUGCAGAUCAGAGAGAUUCAGCAGGGCGCCCUCUCCAGCCUCCAGCAUCUAAUGGAACUGACCAUUUCUGAGAACGACCUGCUGGAGAGUAUCGGCGCUUUUGCCUUUUCUGGCCUCCCUCACCUCACCAAAAUCUUAAUAUCUAAAAAUGCUGCUCUGAGGAAUAUCGGGGCUUUUGUUUUCUCCAACCUCCCUGAACUCAGUGAGAUAAUCAUAACAAAGUCAAAACACCUGAGUUUCAUCCACCCCGAUGCAUUCAGGAACAUGGCAAGACUACGGUUCUUGACUAUCUCCAACACCGGGCUGAGGAUUUUUCCAGACUUCUCCAAGAUCCAUUCCACCGCCUGCUUUCUGCUGGAUCUUCAGGACAACAGCCACAUAAAGAGAGUCCCUGCCAAUGCCUUCAGAGGCCUCUGCACUCAAACCUUCGCAGAGAUACGGCUCACCAGAAAUGGCAUCAAGGAGGUGGCAAGUGACGCCUUCAACGGAACAAAGAUGCACAGAUUGUUCCUAAGAGGCAACCGACAGCUUACUCACAUCAGUCCCAAUGCCUUUGUGGGUUCCAGUGAGUUGGUGGUACUAGACGUCUCCGAAACAGCCCUCACCUCUUUGCCAGACUCGAUCCUUGAUGGCCUCAAGAGGCUGAUCGCCGAGUCAGCCUUCAACCUGAAAGAACUUCCUCCUAUUCAGCUCUUUACCAAACUGCACCAGGCAAAGCUGACAUACCCAUCACACUGCUGCGCUUUCCUGAACAUGCACAGAAACAGAUCGAGAUGGCACCCACUAUGUGACAACCCCGAGGCUAAAAAUAACCUGCACUUCUUCAGGGAACACUGCUCCAAUUCCACCAACAUCACCUGCAGCCCGGCCCCUGAUGACUUUAACCCCUGUGAAGAUAUCAUGUCUGCUACCCCCUUACGCAUCCUCAUCUGGAUCAUCUCUGUCCUCGCCCUGCUGGGCAACGCAGUAGUUCUCCUUGUAUUGUUAGGCAGCCGCUAUAAGCUGACUGUUCCUCGAUUCCUCAUGUGCCACCUGGCCUUUGCUGACCUCUGCAUGGGCAUCUACCUGGUAGUCAUAGCAACCGUGGAUAUGCUCACACGUGGACGGUACUACAACUAUGCUAUAGACUGGCAGAUGGGCUUGGGCUGCAAUGCUGCAGGCUUCUUCACGGUGUUCGCCAGUGAGCUGUCAGUGUUUACCUUAACAGCAAUCACCGUGGAGCGCUGGCACACCAUCACGCAUGCUCUGCGACUUGACCGCAAACUUCGCCUGAGACACGCCUGCAUCAUCAUGACAAUAGGCUGGAUCUUCUCCUUGCUGGCUGCACUGCUGCCCACAGUUGGGAUCAGCAGCUAUGGCAAAGUGAGCAUCUGCCUCCCCAUGGAUGUUGAGUCCCUAGUCUCCCAGUUCUACGUGGUCUGUCUUCUCCUCCUCAACAUCUUGGCGUUCUUCUGUGUGUGCGGCUGCUACCUCAGCAUCUACCUCACCUUUCGCAAGCCUUCAUCAGCGGCAGCCCACGCCGACACCCGUGUGGCUCAACGCAUGGCCGUCCUCAUCUUCACAGACUUCAUCUGCAUGGCUCCGAUCUCCUUCUUCGCCAUCUCAGCUGCCCUCAAGCUCCCUCUCAUCACCGUCUCAGACUCCAAGCUACUGUUGGUGCUAUUCUACCCCAUCAACUCGUGCUCCAACCCCUUCUUAUAUGCCUUUUUCACCCGUAACUUCAGAAGGGAUUUCUUUCUCCUCGCAGCUCGCUUCGGGCUGUUUAAGACUCGAGCACAGAUUUACCGGACAGAGAGUUCCUCGUGUCAGCAGCCAACAUGGACCUCUCCAAAGAACAGCCGUGUUAUCUUGUAUUCCUUGGUCAAUACGUUAAGUCUAGAUGGAAAACAAGAGUGCUGACUUUUACGCACAUUUACAGCAGCACCAGCAGAGCAAUAUCUGCAGCAGAAGCUUCCAGAUGAGGUCGUUUUGAAGAUUUUCUCCUACUUACUGGAACAGGACCUUUGUCAGGCAGCUUGCGUCUGCAAACGAUUCAGCCAGCUAGCAAACGAUUAAAUAUUAAAUAUUUGAUUAGCAAAAAGAUCAGAAAACUGACAGAAAUUAUUGGGUAUGAUUUUUGGUGUGCAACCUUAUGUUUUAUUACAAGUUUAUUGUGUGAAAAGUGGUGCUGCAGAAUGCUCUACAUAGAAUUUUGUGUUGGACAAUUGUUUUGCAACGUGGAAAAAAAGUAUUUAGACUUAACCUAAGUAAAAGUUGUAACUGCACUUAAAUAGCUUAAUAGUUCACAAGUUAUAUAAUCAAAAUGUAUUCAAAGUGCCUAAAGUAAACACACUCUUUAUAUAGAAUGGCCCUUUUUUUCUCGUCUCUUUAAUGAGGCAGCUGUUGAUGAGUUUGAUUCCUGAUAUAUUGUUCAAUGGGUUCAUUUAUUAAAAAAAACAAUUAAUGUACAAAAUAAGAAGAAGCUAAAAUAAUUUUGGGUGGGCUAAUGCCACUCCAAGCUCCUCCCCCUCCAAACAUGCCUCUAUGUAGACAUAAUCAAGACAACUUGCUAAAGUUCAAAAUGAGCAUCAGAAUGGGAAAAAGGUGACUGAAGUGACUUUGAAAGUUUAAUUGUUGUUGGUGCCAGAUGGUCCCACAUGUUGCCACAAUCUGCUGGCCGGACUGCAAACUGAUAGGAAAGCAACAGUAACUUAAAUAACUUCUAUACAAUCAAGGUGUACAAGUUACAUAAGAAAACUGGGCAUCACUUAGUCUGAUAACUCUUGAUUUCUAUUCUGACAUUCUUAUAGUAGGUUCAGAGUUUGAUUUAACUGAGCAAACUGAGUCACAAAGCUCAGAUCAUCUAAAACUGAUUUCUUGAAAAUGAAAAGGAGUUCACCACGGUCACCACAUUUCAAUCCAGCAGAGCACAUUUGGGAUUUAGUCAAAUGGGAGAUUGCCAUCACAGAUGUGCAGCUGACAAACUUGCAGCACCUGUGUGAUGCUAUCACAUCAAUAUGGACCACAAUCUCUGAGGAAUGUUUCCUCCACUCAAUUCCAGUUGAAUAUAUUUUAAAAAUUAAGACAGUGUGAAGACAAAGGGGUGUUUAACCUAGCAAAAUGUACCCAAUAAAGUAGCUAGUGAGUGUAGUUUGACUAAAUCUGGGUCAGACAGCUCUUUUAGAUACCCAUGGGUUUCUUUUAACUCAAUGAAGUGCCAGAUGGGUGGAGUUCUCGGCAACAUAAUUUAGAGGUAAAAGAAGAAAAGAAUGGAGGGGGGAGAAAACUAAUGACUUCAUCUACUAUGUAACAAACACCAUCCGUCUGGCAUCCCAAGAUAAUCUAACAAACUAAAAUGCCUCAGAAUGGUUUUUAAGCAGGUUGGAUGCUUGGGAUUUCAGCAUAUGCACACUGCAAAAGAAACAUGUUCAUUCAACAUUCAGUGCUGUGAUUGAAUGAUAUUCAUUAAGAAGAACACUGCAGGGACCUGCUGAUUAACAAUCUCCUCAUACACCCAGUCUGCUGAACCUCUCAAUGUCUACAAUUUGCCACCAACUCCGUCUAUUUUGUAAGCCACAGACCUGUAAUUAUCUUUGAAAUGUAAUUAUGUUUACGUUUUCAAACAAACAUCCCAUUAAGUGUCACUUUUGAAUCUGUUUUUCUGAAGAAUAUUUCGAUGUGCUGUUUUUUACACUAUUUUAUAAAGUGUUUUAUUAUAUCCUCUCAGCUUGAAUAGAUUUUGUAUGAUGAAUGUGAGCGUUUGAAGAGGCGUGACAAACAGAAAAACUCUCUCACACACACACAUACGCAAUAAUUGAGCUGUCUUUAUCUAGCAAUGCUGUCCUUCAGAGCAUCCAAAGCUUUCAAGGACAAAGUGACCCUCCCAACCUCUGCUCUGUGCAGCAAAGUGGGUGGGUGGGCGUAGGAGGAGAGGUACGCAGCUGCUCUUUCUGCUUAUUACGGGGGGAUGGAUAUGGCAGCUAGAUAAGCUGUGUGUGCGCGCGCACACACACACACACACACACAAUAGCAACCCACACUCUCAAGGCUGCAGCUGCAAGAAGGAAUCCAAGACCAUCUCAUUGAUAUGGAUACACUGCCUCCUACAUGCCAACAUUCAAAGUUAGGGUGCAAUUAUACACUUUCACCACCAGGUGAUACUACUGGGGCUAGAUUUCUGGUGAGUUUACCUCCAUCUGUGUGCACAAAAGUCCAAACAAAUUCACCAGUCUCAGUAGAUCCUACAAAUUUUGCUCAAUGU